UCAGACCUUCAUGGCUUACGCCGCCGCCGCCGCCGCCGCCGGCGAUCGCAGACGUCUCCCUCCGCCCAUCUCAAGUCCCACAUCUGACGUGGUUCUAUCCGAAUCCGACUCCAAUAGCAGCGAUGACGGUGCAGUCCGCCGCACCGCUCUCGAGGAUUCUAUUUUCUCCACUUACCUCCAGAUAUCCGGUCGGGAUUCUCCGGAUCUUACCAAGAUCCGAACUUUCCUCGCCUCCGCCGCCGGGCGCGGUCCCCUCGUCUCGUGCCUCAUCUGCCUGGAGCGCAUCCGCCCGGUUGAUCCUGUCUGGUCGUGUGCCUCUGGUUGUUACGCCCUAUUCCACCUUGUUUGCAUUCAGAGCUGGGCUCAGCAGUGUUCCCACCGGCCGCCCUCUGUCACCUCCCCCGCUGCUGCCGCCUCGGCGACCUCCGAUUGGCAUUGUCCCAAAUGUCGGCUUUCCUACCCCAAAACCCUAAUUCCUAGAUCUUAUAUUUGCUUUUGUGGCAAGGUUGACGACCCGCCUGCAGAUCCGUGGAUCUUGCCGCAUUCUUGCGGUGAGGUCUGUGAUCGCCCCCUCCGCGGUGAGUGCGGUCAUCGUUGUCUCCUGCUGUGCCACCCCGGUCCCUGUCCACCAUGCCCUAAACUCGUAAACUCGCGCUGCUUCUGUGGGUCUCGUGAUGACGUGCGUCGUUGCGCCCAAAAGCUCUUUUCUUGCAACAAGACCUGCUCCAAACCGUUGCCUUGCCGGAGACACCAAUGCACAGAAAGAUGUCAUGAGGGACCUUGUCCACCAUGCCGGGUGAGGGGCGUUUUUAGCUGUGCCUGCUUAAAAUCUAAAGAGGAAAGGGAAUGCUCGGAGAGGGAAUUCAAGUGUGACAGGCCAUGCACUGGGAUGCUUCAAUGUGGCAAGCACUCCUGUGAUCGAGGUUGCCACUCUGGUCCUUGUGGGGAUUGUCCACUUCAGGGAAGAAGGACAUGCCCAUGCGGAAAGAAGGAAUACAAAGGUGUCUCCUGUGAUACAGAUGUUCCUACUUGUGGUUCAACAUGUGAUAAAAUGCUGAGCUGCAGGAUUCAUCGGUGUCCCGAGAGGUGCCACUGUGGGCCGUGCGUUGAGGCUUGUAGAAGUGUCAUCAUCAAGUCCUGUAGAUGUGGGGGGUUGAAGAAAGAGGUUCCUUGCUAUCAAGAUUUGGUGUGUGAGAGAAAGUGUCAACAGGUGAGGGAUUGUGGACGUCAUACAUGUAAGCGUCGUUGCUGUGAUGGGGACUGCCCACUUUGCCCAGAGAUCUGUAGCAGGAAGCUUAGAUGCAACAACCAUAAAUGUCCAUCACCAUGUCACAGGGGUGUUUGUGCUCCUUGUCCUUUAAUGGUGCCAAUUUCAUGCUCAUGCGGAGAUACUCGAUUUGAGGUGCCUUGUGGUACAGAAAAGAGCCAAAAACCACCAAAAUGUUCUAGACCAUGUACAAUAUCUCGUCUUUGCAGACACAAAUUUGAGUGUCGGCCCCACAAGUGCCACUAUGGAGCUUGCCCACCAUGUCGAUUGACAUGUGGUGAUGAACUUCCAUGUGGACAUAAAUGUAAAGAAAGAUGUCAUGGACCAAUUCCUGCUCCAAAUCCAGAAUUCAUUUUGAAACCAACAAAAAAACAAUUAAAUAAGCAUCUUGAAUGUGUACCUGGAUCACCCUGUUCUCCUUGCAAGGAAGUGGUUUGGGUUCCAUGCUUUGGCCAACAUAUUGGAGAAGAACGUUCAAUGCUUUGUCACAGUAAGAAGCAGUUUCCAUGUUCAAAUUCCUGUGGAAAUCUUCUUCAUUGUGGCAAUCAUUACUGCACCAAGAUUUGUCAUAUACUUAAUAAUCAGGUAUUGACCAUCGAAAGGCAUGGAAACAAUGGCUCUGGUAACCAAGAACAAAAUCUGUGGAUACCAAAUGAUGUGAUUAAGCAGGGGGAGCCAUGCGAAGAGUGCUUUCUUCCUUGCCAAAAGGUUAGAGAACCAUUGUGUCCACAUCCUUGCCCUCUACCAUGCCAUUCCAGUGAAUGUCCUCCAUGCAAGGUCCUUAUUAAACGUUCCUGUCACUGUGGUUCCUUAGUGCAUGCUUUUGAGUGCAUAUACUAUAACAGCUUGAGUGAUGAUGAACAACAGAAAGUACGCUCUUGUGGUGGCCCAUGUCACAGAAAGUUACCAAAUUGUCCUCACUUAUGUUCAGAAAUAUGCCAUCCUGGUGAAUGCCCAUCAGUCUAUGACUGCACUAAAAAGGUGAAUGCUCGUUGUGCAUGUAACACUCUCAAGAAAGAAUGGCUAUGUCGAGAUGUCCAAAAAGCCUACUUGAAUGUUGGUCAUGAUCCAAAAGACAUCUCAAAAAGUCACUUUGGUGUUGGUGUUCUUCCAUGUGGUACAAUAUGUGCAAACAAAAUUAAAGGUGUCGAAUCUGACCUGCAACUCCGAAAAACUAGUGAGAUCAAGAGGGUUCCAUUGGCCGAGGUACCAAAUGUCCCAAAGCGCAAGAGAAGACGUGAACGGGUUCAAGAAGUCGGACAUGUUUCAAAAUUCCAGAUACUCAAGGCAACUAUACAGAGAGGUAUCAUCAUUGUUCUCAUAAUUGUCGCGAUCAUCGCUAGUGCAUAUUAUGGGCACAAGGGUAUUUUGUGGCUCUCCGAUUGGAUGAACGAAGUGGAUGAACAAAGAGCGCGUAGAAGAGGUACUCAUCCAAGAUUCUACUAGAGGAAACAAAGGCCUUUCCUUAAAGACUUUACCAUUGGCCCUAAAUAGCUAUACUGAAGCAAUUGCUCGAGAAAUCGUAUCCUUGAUUUUGUUUUAUCUUCGAUAUGGUGAGUUUUGCUCGUACCAUCAUUUCGUGAUUCAUCUUGUUUAUGCUAAGGUUGCUAAAUUUUGACUAAUCUAUUUGGUCUAAAAUAAAUUAAGCUCAUGUUUCCCGCACUCAUGAAGAAGUUUUCGGUACUCAUGAUCUCAUCUCGUAUAGCUAACACUUCCGCUCGCCUACUUGAGAGUACAAGUGUGGUUUCUUGUGAAAAGUUAACGCAAAAGUAUGGCGACAAGUUAGAUAUUAGAGAAGUAGAUUACACAAGUAAAUUUUAGAUGCUGAAACAAGAUGAGCUUAGUAUGUUUUACUUAACAAGCAAAGAAGUGUGUUAACCUUUUUUAUUUUAAAAAAUAAUAUUCAUCAAA